AGUCGCAGUUAGUAAUAUUCAGCCAACGGAGCCUCACAGUGGAAGCGAGUGCGAGCUUUGGUCUGAAGCACCAUUUCUUUUAGAAAAUUACAAACCACCAAGUCAACCAACAGACAGAUAAACGAAUUAAUAGAACAACCUACAACAACAACAAACAGCGUCGACAAUAAUUCAACGGAUUAGCGGAAAUUGUGCAAAAAAACCAACAACAAUUUACCAAAAAGGAUUAAUGUGCAUUUUCGGAAUUUGUUUGCGCGAAUUUCAAACGAACUAGUUUUUGAAAAAAAAAAAAAUAAUAAUAAAUUCAGCAAACGAAAAUUGAAAGUGUGAAAAAGUGACGUUUGAUUUUCAGGAAAAACUUUUUUUAGAACUUCGUGAUAUUUUUUUUAGCGUGGGAAAGUUACGGGUGUCGUGAGCGUGAGGGAAAUAUGUGGAAGCACACUUUACUCUUAGUGUGCCUCAGUGGCUGCUGCCUGGCCGGACCCCUGCAUGGAGUUAAGCGAAAUGUGCCCGUGCUGCGUGAAGAUGAUGCCGAACUGGAGCGUCCCGCACCAGAGCCACUAGCGCCUGAGUACCCCGAGAUGCCGUCGACCUUGACCUUGCCCAGCAAUGCGACAUCGAUACGCGCCGACAUCACUGAUAGCUUCUCGUGCGAUGAUAAAGUUUAUGGUUAUUAUGCGGACGUGGAGAAUGACUGCCAGAUAUUCCACGUCUGUUUGCCGGUAACGUAUGCCGAUGGCAAGGAGAGUACAUUCCGUUGGAGUUUCAUCUGUCCUGAAGAGACGGUAUUCAGUCAGGAAUCAUUCACCUGUAUGCGUCGAGAAGACAUUGCCUUCUCAUGUGAAGACUCUGUUAACUAUUAUGAAUUGAACCGCAAUUUUGGUGACACAGAAGAACAGAACGUUAACUCCAACAAUGCGCAAGCCAAUGAGGAGCAAGCGGAAGCCCAACCCGCGGAGCCAGCUGAGCCCGCCGAACAAGAAGUGGAACAAGCUGUUGCGCCACAAGCAGCUGCUCCAGCACCACAACCAGAAAAGCCAGUUAAGCCCGUGAAGGUGCAGAAACCCAAUCGCAGAAAGCCACAACCGAAACCACAACAGAACCAAGCUAUUUAUCCCACAAAUAAACUGCCAUCCAUUAUGCCACUACGCAAGAUGCCCAAUGUCGGUCCCAACGCGCUUGUUUCUGUUCCCGCUGAGGUAGUGUCCGUACAAGCAGCUGAAAAGGAUGAGGUAAAGGUAGUGCCACCUCGCUACAAGAAACGUCCCGCUGUCAAUAGCGAGAAAAAAGGCAUUGAAGAGCCUGCUCAACCUUUCAAGGUCGAGCUAGUGCAUACUGUCAGCAACCCAGAAUCAUACAAACGCAGACGUCCCACAUUUGCCCACAAAAACAGUGUUGUUACUAAAGUUUCUGAAGAGGUACCUGUUGCCGUCGAGACCGCCCCCGAGGCUGUAGAAGUUGCAGAACCUAUUGUGCCAGCAGUUAAAUUCGAAUCCAACUUAGAUGCUAGUCCGGUACAAGCACAGAAAGAAAUUGAAGCGGUUGAAGAACCUGUAGCGCAAGUUGCUGUAGAAUUUCCAGUUGCCGAAGCCGAAACCGCAAUCGUCGCAGAUGCCGAACCACAAGCUUCUGAAACCGGUGAAGUCGCCGUGGAGCCUGAACAGACUUUGAAAACUAUCGCCGUACAGCCACAUGUUCCUGAUACCGAAGCUACACAAGCGGAGGAAGCUUUUGUGGCGCCAAUUGAGUUAGCGCAGUCAGUUGUAGAAGCUGAACCUGAAUAUGCGGCACCAGUGGCAGAAGAAAAAAUUAAAAUUGAAGAACCUAUGGCUGAGGAACUUUCCAAAUCCGAAGAAGCCCCAGCGGAAGAGAAGAUCAAAGUUGAGAAACCAAUUGUGGCCCAGUUGGCAGUACCAGCAGAAGUAGAGCCUGAAAACGAAGCACUCAAUAAAGAACCUGUUGCCGAAACUGUUGAAGAUAAACCAACUAUAACUGGAGAUGCUCUUCAAAAUGUGGCAACAGAAGAAAAAAUUGAGGAAGUAGCCGCUGCGCAGCAAAUCAAUGUAGAAACACCAACACAGGCUGAAGAACAAGCUCAACCCGCACAAUUAUCCGAAAACAACGAGGAUCAAUUAGCUGGGGCAUCUGAGCCAGUUGCUCUGGAAGCUGAGCCCGAAGUGAUUGCCCCUGUUGAAAAUGCAGAGGAAUCUUUACCUGCUCUGCCCUCACUAGAAGAGUUAGAAGAACAGAAACCAGCCAAUGCUGUUGAAGUUAUGCCUGCUUCACCGGAAAUGGAGCAACAAGAUCCUAUUGUACAUCAAGCUUUUGAGGGUAAUGAUGCCCAUUUGCAAACUGUUGGUGGUUUCAAACCAGUAGACCCCGAAAUGGCCGCUGAAGCUGAAGCACUUAUCUCAGACUUCAUCAAUACCCUGAAGAGCGCACAUCCUAAUGAGAAACCCAUUUUACCAGAGUCAGUGGAAGAAGAAGUACCAGCAGCUUCUGCUGAAAGUGAAGAUACUAAAAUUGAUAUUAUACCACAGACCGAAGAGAAAAUUAUAGAAGCCGAAGCGCAGCCAGAAGAAGUACCCGCUGCAGCUGAGACUGAAACGAACUUAUUGAAAACUGUAGCUGCUGAAGAACCAUUGGUUGAAACAGAAAAUGUCCCUGUUGUAACAGAUAACGAGCCGGUCGAAGAAGAGGAAGUUAAAGUUUCACCGCUCCUUAAAUUCCCAAUCUCCAACAGUUUCGCCUCCAACAUGUAUCAAAUUCCUGUUACAGUCAUUCAAACACCCUACGAAGAGGUACAAAAUGCCGAAACCGAAGUGCUAGAACCACAAGAACAUAUUAAUGCUGAGGGAGUGAAAGCUGAAGCACCAGAGUCUGUAGAAGAGGCAGCACCAGCUGUAGCAGAAACUCAAGAACAAUUGAAAUUCGUGCCAGAAAAGACCGAAGCAGAAAUUAUCCCAGCUGAAGAAACUGAGCCAGAAGUUCAACCCGCCAUUGUCGAGUUUGUUGAAGCCACACCAGAAGCUGUACAACCAGCUCUGCCGGAAGCUAUGGAUACUGUGCCAGAGACUAAAUCGGAAGCAGCACAACCCGCCGCUCCUGUAGCUCUCCGUCCGAUCAGCAUUGACGAUAUUGUUGAGUUGGUUAAAGAACGCUUAGAUCAAGCACCUGCCGAUGAGAAAGGCGCACCUAUGGAGCUUAUUGUCGACUCCAGCAAUGCCGACAAGCCUGUUGAAUUGAAAUUUAGUUUGGAAAAAGGGUCAGCGCCGCAAGAAGUAUCAGCUGAACAAACACCUGCCGAGGAUAUCAUUUUUCCCAUUUAUCAUCGAGUGUCCGAGCCUGAGGUCAGCGCUGUCCAAGCACCCGAAGCUAUCACUGCAGAAGAGCCCAGCGCUUUCGUGACGGAGCUCAAAAAGUUACCAGUUGAAGCUGAAGCCGUACAAGAGGUAGUAGAACCAUUAGCACAAACUGCGGACCAGGCUGUGCAAACGAAUGCCGAUGAACUUGAAGCUAAUGUAGCCAUCAAGUCCGCAAUCAACACUGAGACUGAGCAGGAAGCUGAAGCUGUGCCAGCGCCAGUAGCCUAUGCGCAAGAAACUGAGAGCGAAGCUGCUGUCGUGUCAGCUGAUGAGCCCGUUCAAACCGAGACCGUCGAAGCUGAAAGUGCGAAGGCAAAUCGUGCCUUAAGAUCGCGCAGUUUGACCAAAGCUAAGUUAGAUCCACGUAAACGUCGCUUUCUCUUUAGAUCGGAUGCCAGUUAGAUGCUGCAAACACCUUUUUUUAUGCCCAUUGUGAGCACACCCUGUAUGCCGCCCAUAAAAUUCCUACAGCUUAGGUUUCUAAAUUUUCACUAAAAAAUACACUCUGCUUGACUCCACUACUGCCACAAAGGCAAUUAUCGUUUGGGACUGAACGCCUUAUCCUCGACUUUUUUUUGUGUGCUGGGUGUCACAGACGGUGGACUUCAGCGGAAUCGCAGAGAAAAAAAAAAGUUCUACUCAAAUCUUCUUUUCUUAUUUAAGUUAAACUAAUUUAUGAAUUUAGGUCUACACACUACUUUUUUUAUAUGAAAAACUAUAAAAAAUGAAAAAUGCAAAAUUUAGAAAAGUGCGUGAAAUUCACACAGUUUCGUUUGCCGAAGCCAUAUAAAAGAAGAAAAUAAUUUAUUUUGUUGUUGGAGGCAUUUUUGUUCAAUGCAAAGAAAUAGAAGCGUUCUUAAGAACGCUAAGGAGCUGCAUAUAUACACAUACCUACCACAUACUCACAGAUAGAUUUAUUAAGAAUAUGUUUUAGAAGUUCCAAUUUGCUUAAGUUGAACAAAAGUGACAAUCGAAUAAAACUAAAAAUAAUAAAAAUUAUA